AUGUCGACGCGCUGCGAGACGACGCCGGAGACGCUGCGGCUCGGCUGGUCCCGCAGCACGGCGAUCCUCGCGCUCGCGCUCUCGACCGGCGCGCGCGCGGCGUUGUGCGCGGACAAGACGACGGCGCCGGCGGACGUCGCGGGGCUCGCCGCGGCCGCGACUCGCGACUGGCCGGCGGCGUCGGAGGCGACGACGACGGACGAGCCGUCGCCGGCCUUCGAGCUGUCGACGGCGCCGGAGCUCGAGGCGACGACGCAGGACCCGUCGACGGCGCAGGACCCGUCGACGGCGCAGGACCCGUCGACGAUCCCGUCGGAGCUCGAGUCGCCGACGCUGGCCGCCGCGGACGCCAUCGACCCGUUGCUGCGCGAGGCCAAGACGUCCCUCCUGCGCGUGGAGCAAUGGGGCUGCGAGAACCGCGGCGGCAAGAAGGACUCGAAGUUCAUCGCGGAGCCCUUCACCACGGACGUGCCGCCGACGAGCCGCCACGUCGCGGACGCCUCCGGCUUCCUCAAGCAGGUCGAGAACGUGCUGUCCGAUGCAGGCGUCGACGGCAUCCAGUUCGCCCAGGCGGUUUCCAUUGACCCGAAGAACUUUUCCCCGCUCGAAACGUCGCAGCACCUCAAGGCCUACUUCGUGAAGCUCAACUGGCACCCAAAAACCAAGAAAUGGGUCAACUCGGCGCCGACGGCGAACCAGAGCCUGUUCAAGGACACGAUCGUCGACUACGCGGUCAAGAACGCGCACCGCGCGCGCCUCGACUUCCGCUACCUCAUGGCCCAGCUCUACGGCGACGGCUACGUUGCCGACAAGCACCAAGACCAGCACAAGGAGCGCGGGUGCCGGGCCGUCGGGGGCGCCUUCGGAGGCACCAAGGCCCUCUCCGAGUUCGUCAAGGGCGUCCGCCUGUCGCCGAUCCGCGUCGUCGAGAUCGACGACGGCGACAUGCUCCUGAUGGACACGGACAUCCUCACCGGCGCCGUGCCCGCGGACGCCGAGCUCCUCGACGCCGCGGGCCUCUCCGAGUCCGACCUCAACACCGCGCUGCACGCGCGGAUGACGCCCGGCGUCGGCGACCGCGCGGGCCUCAAGGACCCCUACGCGUUCUGGAGCAUCGUCGGCGACUUCUACGGCACGGACGGCGUCUUCGGCUUCGAGCUCACGACGCGCGUCGCCGGCUACCUCAAGCACCUCAACGAGUUCGCUAAGCCCAGCCCGCGACGCGCGCCGUCUCCGUCCUUCGACGAGUACCACGUGGCGCACGCGGUGCGCGUCAUGCGCGAGGAGGCGGCGAAGGCGGUCAACGGGUCGAACCCGAGGCUCCAGGCGAUGGGCCAGGCCUAUUUGGUGCGCGAGAAUUCGGGCGUGGGCUACGCGCUCCUCAAGGCCGUCUUCGACGUGGAGCGCGACUGCGACGACUUCGCGGACUGCGUCGCCGUCAUCGCCGAGCUCCGCCGGGAGCUGCCCAAGGCGGACUCGCUCUUCGCCGUCGGCGUCCUCGACGGCGACGAGGACGCGCCGAUGGAGCUCCUCACCCUCGGCACCGUCGAGCGCGACAUCAAGUCGGGCGACUACGUGUCCGCGGACGCGGCCAUCGCCGACGCGCGCUCCGUCCUGUGCGACGCGCAGUCCGCCGCGGCGAAGUUCGACGACCUGCUCGCGGCGGCCGUGGACCGCAGGCCCGCGAAGCGCGCGCGCGCGGCGCCCGCCGCGGGCGCGCCGCCGCGGUUUUCCCGGAACGGGCUGAGCGCCGAGCAGAUCGACGCGGCCGUGAUGAGCCAGCCCGCCCUGGCCAUCGCCUUCGGCGACCGCAUCGCGGCGCUGCGGCGCCUCGCCGUGGGCGGCGACGGCGAGCCCGGCGCCGAGGACGUCGACGGCGACGCGCCCAUGGCCGACGCGCCGCUGGCGGACGUCGCGCGGAAGGGGGCCCGCUGGACGCCGCUGCAGAAGCUCCAGCUGGAGCACGCUCGGCUGCUGCUGGGGCCGGAGGCGUCCGCGGAGCAGCUCCAGGCGGUGAUCCCGUCGCGCUCCGUCGCGUCGGUUGCCAUUCGCCUGCAGGAGAUGCGCCGCGUGGCGCCCAGGUCGGUCUACAGGCGCCUUGAGCGGAUGCGCGCCGCGCCCGUCGAGGACGCCUUCCUCCGCGAGGACCUCGCCUCCAUCAUCGGGGUCGGGGCCGUCGGCGACACGCGCAACUACGCCGCGGAGGUCGCGGCGGCCGCGGCCCGCGGCGCGGCGCCGCCGCGCGUGGCGCUGAUGCCGCCGGACCUCCGGGGCCGGCCGCCGCCCGCGCGCCCGCCGUCGCCCGCGAUGGCGGCGGCGCCGCCGGCGCCGAUGCCGCCGGUCGUCCAGGGCCGGUCGCCGCCCGCGCGCGACCGCGGCUUGGCCGUGCCGUCCACGCUCAUGCUCGCGCCGGCGCACGCCGCGACCAUCGCGGCCGUCAUCGCCGCGGGGGCCGCGCCCGCGCGCGCGGCGGCGGCGACGCCGCCGCCGCCGCCGGGCGAGCCCGACGCCGCGCCCGUCGGCGGCGCGCGCAACGCCGCGGAGCUCGCGGCGCCCGCGCCGAAACGACGCAAGGUGCGCGAGAAGCCGCCCGCGCCGCCCGCGCCGCCGGCCUUCGGCGAGACCGCGCCGCACUACGCCGCGGAGCUCGCGGCGUUCGCGGCGUCUUCGGCGCGCAACCCGGUGAAGUUCGUCGCCCAACUGGCCAAGAUGAUCUCCGAGUGCGAGGAGAUCCGCUUCGAGGGCGGCGACAUCAUCAUCCCGUCGACGGCGGCGCUCGAGAAGCGCCUGGGCGACUACUACCGCGGGGCCAAGUACAAGAGCUUCACGGGGCAGCUCAACGCCUACGGCUACCAGCUGGACGGCAGGGGUGACGCCGUGCGGUACCGCAAGGUCACGGGCGGCGAGCACGUGACGACGCUCCAGGGCCUGCUCUCGCUCCGGCCGCUCCCGCGGCGCAAGUCGCCGCCGGCCGGCUCGGCGUCCGCGCCGGUCGCGCCGAAGAAGCGCAAGGCGCCCGAGGCGUCGCCCCCCGAGGCGCCCGCCGCGCCCACCGCGGCGACGACGACGGCCCUGUCGCCCGCGCCGCCGGCCUUCGGCGAGACCGCGCCGCCCGCGCCCGCGGCGGCGCCGUCCUUCGGCGCGCCCGCGGCGCCGGCCUUCGGGGCCGCGCCGGCGGCGGCGUCGUUCUUCGGCGCCGCGCCGGCGGCGGCGUCGUCCGAGGGCGCGACCGCGAUGGCGCCGGCCUGCGCCGCCAUCUGCGUCGACCUCGACAUCUACCGCAGCAAGAUCCUCGAAGCCGCGGAGACGGGCGACUUCGCCGGCUGCCGCCGCAUCGUCGAGGACAUCUUCGGCCGGCGGUACCACGGCUGCAUCCCGCUCCACGCCGACUACGUGCCCGCGGAGUGCCCCAUCGCGGCCCUGCCGGAGACGGGGUGCUACGUCAAGGGCAAGCCCUGGACGGCCACGUUCACGCGCGCCUACAAGCCCGGCUACUACGUCGUCGUCGGCCGGAACCCGAGCCAGCGCGCGCCGUCGCCGCCGGACGCGAGCCGCGACCUGCGCGUGACGGAGUGGCGCAACGCCUCGGGCAAGCAGCCCGCGCCGCCGGGCUUCGAGAAGAAGAACGCGUCGUCCGACUACCCGAUCGGCGCCGAGACCUACUCGAUGAAGGCCGUCGUCUUCUACCGCAACUCCCUCGACGCGCACUCGCGCUGGAACGCGGGCCAGCCCAUUAUCCAGGUCCUCCACAUCUCCGUCAAGGAGGCGCGCCUCGCGCCGCGCCGCGACAGCGAGACCGCGUACAGCGCGCAGCCGCCCUACACGCCGUCGACGCCCCCCGCCGCGGCGCCGCUGGCGCGCGCGAGCGACGGCGACGAGGAGAACGGCGACUACGCCAACGUCGCCGAACUGUGA